GUGGUUGUUGAAAAAACUUGUGGUUUAGAAUUUCAAGGGAAUUUAAAAAAGAAAGACCGUUUUCAAUAGCAAAAUGAAUACAGAUUAGUUGUUGUACAAGGAUUAAAAAUUGUAAAACAAUUGUUAAAUCAAUAAUUUAAAAAUAUUCCAUUAACAAUGAUUGAAAAAGUGCAAUUUGUUGAUAUUAUUGAACCGAGAAAUACACAUUUUGGUAUAUUUAAGUUUAUGACUCGACCAUGGUAUCCAAAAAAGAGUUUAAUUAUGGACACAUCUUUUACACCAGCUGAAAUAAAGAAAAUCGUAGCAAGUUCUACAUAUAUUGACUCAUUCAUUGAGGCGGAGAGUAUAAGAAGUGGAGUACCAAAAGAACAGCUGAUGAAACAGGUUAGAGAAUACCUGGAAGAAAUGGGCAUGGAUAAGAAAAUGCAUGUAAUUAGAUGGAUGGGCAUUGUAUUUUUAAAGAUCUCUUUUAUGAUGAAAAUUGGAAUUUUUGUCAAUGAAACUGCAAUUUUAAAGUUAAAAGAGCAAAUGGGUAAAAAUCCUAUCCUAUUUCUACCGACGCAUCGCAGCUACGCAGACUUCUGCGUGUUGACGUACUUGUGCUACCACUAUGACAUCGAGUUGCCGGCCGUUGCCGCGGGAAUGGAUUUUUACUCGAUGGCUGUGGUUGGACAAAGGAUGCGCGAGACCGGUGCAUUUUACAUGCGUCGCACGAUUGUGGGGGCACCACUGUAUGCGGCUACGCUCAAGCAGUACGUACGCACGCUGGUCGCUAAGUACCACGCCCCUCUCGAGUUCUUCAUAGAGGGAACAAGGAGUAGAAGCAAUAAAUCAUUACCGCCAAAGUAUGGUAUGAUGUCGAUGAGCCUGACGGCGUACUUCGCGGGCGAAGUGUCAGAUAUAACAAUCGUGCCUGUCAACUUUAGUUACGAUCGCAUCAUGGAGCAGACAUUGUUCGCAUACGAGCACAUCGGUGUGCCCAAGCCUAAGGAAUCUACGGGAGGACUUUUAAAAGCGUUACGCAGUUUGAACGAUCACUUCGGCAACAUAUAUGUUAAUUUUGGAACACAGAUAUCUGUGAAGGAAUUCUUAAAGAAUACAAAUUUAGUAACAAACGAAAGCUUAAAGCCAGCGAGUCUCCAGCAAUUGACACCGGAACAAUCGUCACAAGUACGGGACAUAGCGGACGAAGUUGUGGUGUUACAACAAAACAGCGCUGUAGCGACUAUAACAAAUCUACUAGCGCUUGUUCUAAUGGAUAGCUUGAUGAAGUGUAAAGCGCUUGAUUAUGAAGAACUUUUGCUCGAAGUUGAUUGGAUGAUGGAAGUCCUGAGAGGGUUAGGAGCGUCUGUUUAUGAGAAAGAUAUUAAAAAAAGUGUUGAUAGGAUAUUAGUGGUUCAUCAUAAAACAGUGACGUUGGACAGAGAGAGGCGACUGCGGCUACUGACAGGGGAUCUUAUGGAAGUGUCCAGUGACGUCACUGCUAAAAUGAAAGGUCACAUUCUGAAAGCAGAGACGAUGAUGACAGCAGUACCUGUGAUACAACUUCAAAUUUAUAUCAAUCCAAUGCUCCAUUAUAUCUUGACCCCUGCUCUUGUAUAUGUUCUGGUUAAACGUGGAUCAACUAACAAAGACAAACUAGCAAUUGAUUAUUAUCGAUUAAGGAAAUUGUUAAAACACGAAUUCUUUUACGUAGAGAGAACUGAAAAAGACAUAUUAAACAAAGCUAUAGAUUAUUGUACACAACAACACAUAAUUAUCAAUGAUGAGGGUACAUUGAGAACGGGCGAUGUACACAGACUGCAGUACUUGUUGGAGUGGGCCUUGCUGCCGUUCCUCACCACAUUAAUGCUAUGUAUAGAUGUUACGAUUGAGAUGAGGCGCUGUGAGCACAAGAAAGUAUUGAAGUGCGUUCAGGAGAGGGCGGAGCGCGAGGAGCAGCAUCCUUACUGCCUCAGCCUGGAGUCCGCUGCCAACUGCCUGCAGGGCCUGCUCGCCACCGGAGCACUACUCAGGCAUAAAACUGAUUCUGAUAGUGUUUACGAAGUUGUACCAGCUGCGAUGGAGAGUUGUCGACAACUAGUCAGUUCAGUGCUGCCAAAAUUAAACUCAGUAUGGGGUAGAAACAACCCCGUGUUUGAGCUGCGCGCGCCACUCGCAUCUCGUCUCUAGUGGUUACUUAUUGCAGCUAGUCUGUUUGUUAUCGCAUAUUUAUUUAACUGGUUUUCCAUCGACAUACUUGAAAAGUCUCACAACAGUCAAAUUUCAUGGUUACAAAGAGAUUAACACUUUCCAUGCCAACUUUUAUAUGAAUGUGAACCAGCCGAGUAUUAGUAUUUAA